AUGGCCUCAUCAUCACGCAUACCUCACCUCCUAGAGUCCUACCUCGCUCUGCCUCCAGAGGCAUCUCUCAUACUCCUCACAAGUGUUCUUGGUGCAAGCUCGAAUUGGCUUACCCUGCGCCAUGUUUACUCGUAUCUGAAGGGAAGCGCAGAUGGGGAUGAGGGUGCGAGGGAUACUGGCGUUGUGCUGGUUAGCUUUAUGAGAGAUGGGGCUUUCUGGAGAGAGGGCGCAUCAAAGAUGGGACUGGAUCUAGAUGCCCUCAGCAGGACAGGGCGUUUUACUUUCGUCGAUGGCCUCACAGGAUUAUACAGCAGUGCCCAACCAGCAGCACGGCCUUCAGUUCCGACUGCACGCAAAGAGAGAGUUCUCCGAAGCACAAAUGUUGCAGACGUAAAGAAGGAGGUUGAAGGCGCCAUCGCAGACUUGCGGACGUCGCGCAAGGUUCUCAUCAUCGACCAACUCGAUGCCCUACUUGCCAUCACCGACGAGUCAACCACGGGCCUCGCUCUUCAGAACUUGGUUCUUUCUCUCUGCAGCCUUGUUCACAGCACCCUCCUCACCCUUUCUGCCGAUACACCUCUCGUCGCUGCCCAGGCCACAACGUUGGAGCGCGAACAUGCCAGCCUCGCCCUCUCAGCGGCCCACGCGGCUGAUGCAGUGCUAGCCCUACGUAUGCUGGACACGGGAACGGCAAGGGACGUCAGCGGGGUUGUGCGCAUCACAGGGCCUGGAGUCGAGGGCAUGGGCGGUGCGGCCGAGUUUUUGUAUCAUGUUGCCGCCGAUGGAGGAGUCAAGGUGUUUGAGAGGGGAACCUGA